AGCCAUGUGCAAAUUUUCAGGAUAGGGAUUAAGCCGAUGAUCAAAUGGAAUAGAAAACUCUUCAAUCAACGACGUGAUUGUAGUUUAGUGGCAGUUGAUGAUUAGUGAAUAACCGAAUUAAGGACUGUGAUGGUUUCGUUCUUCCAUCGUGGCAGAUAAGACCGUACUAAAAUGGAUACGCGGUGAAUGAUUUGAGGAUUUUUAUAUAAAAAAAAACUUUGGGAUACGUAAGGUUAUAGUAAAGCCUAGUAAACAGUGUCGUUGAGUGAAAUAUACGGGAACAAAUCUACAGAAAGCGAGUCCGUUCUCGAUGUUAUAAGUGUCACGAUGCACCCCUUGAGAGAGUGAACGAACCUCUUCGUCGAAGAACUCGCCAAGAGGAUAGCGAAGCUAGGUUGAAAUUCUCGACGGAAAAACGAUCCUCAGGCGACGGUACGAAGUGGUGAAUCGGAAACGGAACCGGCAGGAUAUUGCAGCGAACCCCACAGCGCCGUCAUCGUCGGGAGGUGCAGGUCGGGGCCGUCGAGGAUGACGUAGCCCGGGGGUGGCCGAGCCAGGGAAACAGUGCGACCCCGGUCCGCACCCUGUACGCGCUGGACAGAAGCGCGGCAGGGCUGGGGGUGGUCGGUGGAGUCGGUGGAGUCGGGAUCGGCCCCGGGGUGGUCGGCAUCUGCGGCCCGGGAACCGGAACGAUCACGCCGACGGACUACGUCACCGCGGGAUGCUACCCACCACCGGGCUCGACGCUUUCCUUGAGCGCCGUGCACCCCCAGCCCUCCACCGUCGUCGUUGACCAAGCGAUGACGCCCACAUCGGCGCCGGCACCAACCUCGGUCGCGGGGCCGAACAACCCCGUCGCCAUGAGCCAGCUGGGGACGGUUUACGCGACCAAACGCCGCCGGAGAAACGGAAAAAGUUUGAAGCCACCGCAGAAGGAUGGGGUGACCAAAUCGAACCCAAGCAAACGGCACCGAGAGCGACUAAACGCCGAGUUGGACACUCUCGCGUCCUUACUACCCUUUGAGCAGAACAUACUGAGCAAACUUGACCGGCUCAGCAUCCUCAGGCUAAGCGUGAGCUACUUGCGCACGAAGAGCUACUUCCAAGUUGUGAUGCACAAGGACAAGGACGAGAGUGCUCACCACGACUCGCAUUACCGAGCACGCGAGCUUGCCGCGCUCGCGGCAUACGACCACCAUCACCUAGACGGGGAAAUGUUCCUACAGGCGUUGAACGGAUUCCUGCUGAUCCUCACGUGCGACGGUGAAGUCUUCUUCGCAACUCACAGUAUCGAGAGUUACCUGGGCUUCCAUCAGUCCGACAUCGUUCACCAGAGCGUGUACGAGUUGGUGCACAGCGAGGACCGUGAGGAACUCCAAAGACAAUUGAUGUGGAACUCCUUCCUACCCGCAGAAAGCGCUGGUCUUCCGCUUAACGAUGCGCUGGCGCCUCAACACGGACAUCUCCUUGAGCGCAGCUUCACCGUCCGCUUCCGGUGCCUCCUGGACAACACUUCCGGCUUCCUGCGCCUCGACAUCAGGGGUCGAGUUAAGGUGCUCCAUGGGCAAAACCGGAAGACGGAAGACCCGCCAUUGGCGCUGUUCGCUCUCUGCACCCCCUUCGGUCCCCCCUCGUUGCUCGAGGUGCCCCAGAAGGAGGUUAUGUUCAAGAGCAAGCACAAGCUGGACCUCGCCCUCGUCUCUAUGGAUCAGCGAGGUAAAAUGCUUCUGGGUUACUCGGACGCUGAGUUGGCGAACCUCGGCGGCUACGACCUUGUGCACUACGACGACCUCGCCUAUGUGGCGAGUGCGCAUCAAGAACUUCUCAAGACUGGAGCAUCGGGCAUGAUAGCCUACAGGUAUCAGACCAAGGACGGUGGUUGGCAGUGGCUUCAGACGAGUUCAAGGCUCGUCUACAAGAACUCAAAGCCGGAUUUCGUAAUCAGCACACACCGCCCAUUAAUGGAAGAAGAGGGUCGAGACCUGCUAGGCAAGCGAACGAUGGACUUUAAGGUUAGCUACCUGGACGCAGGGCUGACGAACAGCUACUUUUCGGACAGCGAUAGCCUUACGAGUUCUGGAAUAACACCAACGCUCCCGGCUCAGCCGACGCCGCAGCGAGUCAACCGUCGCUACAAGACGCAGCUUCGAGAUUUCCUCUCGACCUGCAGAGGGAAGAGAACCAAGCUGACGAGUCAGUCCUCCUCAUCACCGCCAGCGACGCCGAGUGUGGCGUCUGUGGAUUACUUGACGGCUGACACGAGCGCCGCGGCGGCUGUGGCCGCGGCCUACAGCAACCUCAACAACAUGUAUCCAACCGCAUACGCGCCGACGGCGGUCGCCGCGACGACCGAUCCGUCCUUGACGACGUACAUAGGGCACACGGGAAACUAUCAUCAGACCCUGUACCCCGCUGGUGCCCUGGACAACCGCUACCUGACGGCAACGGAGAACCUCUUCCAGUACCGUCCGUUGGGCUCCUACUACCCUGAGUACCACGCGACAACCGGUGCCUACAACGGUUUCCUCGACGUCUCGCUGCCCACCUACGACCCCCACCAACUGACGAGUUCAUCGUCGGGCAAAGGGGACGAUAAGCUGUACUGCCAACAGCUGGCUGAUUCCCCGAAGUACGGUUACGUCGAGGCUCGGCAUCCGGGUAGCGUCGGUUCCCCCUACGCAGCCAGUCCAGUGGCCACGGUACCAGUGGUCCACGGUCCAGGAAGUCGCCACUCUCUGGAGGGUGGUGCUUCGUCCAGUAAUUCGGCAGGUAGUUCGCCAGUGACGAGUGCUGGCACAGGCGUCCUUACACCGAAGAUGGAGGACGUCAAGCCGGACGUCAUCUACAGUGGGGAGGCUCCAAGGCAGACGGUCCUCAUGUGGGGUGCACCACCGUCGAGGUCACCACCGCGGAACAACGGCGCCUACAGCCCCCCGACAUCACAUUCCCAGACCACCCCAAACGACCCCUUGAAAUCGCUUGCGGAGAUGAACUCUGUCAACGGUGAUUGCAAGUGGAAACAGACCUCGCCUAACGGGCAAACCACUAGUGUAGCCUCAUCGACUAGUCCGACGAGGAGCAAGGCUCAGCAACAACAGCAACAGCAACAACAGCAGGCUCAGCAUCAGGGUCAGCAGCACCAUCAGCAGUACGCUGUGACCGCUGCCCAUUACCCCACUCCUGCAGGAUACCCGCACCCUCAUUCGGGACACGGUCACUCCGAGGGCGGUUCGGAGCACGUCACCGGGAUCGUUGUCGGGGGGAGGAAUUGCCGGGGUAAUGGGGACGAGACUGUCGAUGGAAACGGGCAACGGCAGCACCAGCAACAGCACCAGCAACAGCAACACCACCAACAGCAGCAGCAGCACCAGCAGCAACACCAUCAACAACAGCAGUCGCAGCACCAGCAACACCACCAUCACCACCACCACCACCACCAGCAGCAGCAUCACAACCAUCAGCAACAACAGCAACACCAACAUCAGCAACAGCAACAGCGUGUCGUAUCAUCUGGCCCACCACAAUCAUCACGGUGUGGUCCCAAUAAUGGGCUCACAGAUUCAAAGCCGGACACCGGGAGUCCUUUGCUGUCCAUCUCUGAGGUGACAAACACCCUGCUCAACCAGUAGCCAUCGAUAACAGAUCCAACGUAUCUAUUCGUUGUAGUCGACAAUUCUUCGCGACUAGGACGCUGAAGGACUUGUAUGAAAAUAAAGGCCUCGUCAGGCAAACUUUCACCAUAUUCCCACACAUUGGCCUGCGCUGCGGGCUAUCGUUCAAAUUGAUCGAUCAUGGAAUUUAUAAAUGCGUGAAUUGUACCAUACAAGACGACAAAAUUAUUAGUUCAAUUAAUCGAGAAUUAUAAAUUCUAUACACAUGUAUAAUGUAUAGUAUCAUAUAUCCUGUAAUAUAUAUAUAUAUACAGAGUGUAUUCCUAACGACUACACGGACCGUCGUCUGCUAAAAUAUAAUAACGCGCGCGAGCUACAAUCCGAGAACGACUGUUUACCAGGGUGACCAACUGUCUCUAGCUGUGAAAAUUUUUGAGGUUACAUACAUCGCGGCGAACUGUCGCCUAAAUUUAUGACAGUUGGUUGCCCUGACGAACAACCGCUCUCGAAUCGAGCGAUUGCGCAUGAAGUAUUAGCAGACGAUAGACCGUGCAGUCGUUAGGAAUUCAUUCUGUACAUACACAUUUACUGAUUGUUAUGCAUGUAUAAGUAACAUGCCUUAUUGGAGUAUCGACGUAUAUUAUCGUAAUAGAGGAGACCAAUUUCACUCAAUUUCACUACAAAAGUGAGGUAGGAAUGGAAGAAAAUUUUUAAUUCUAACUGAAACAGACUCAUGGAUUAUUGAUUUUAACCUCUAAUUUUUUUGGUGAAAGCCGUGCAGAUUGUAAAUCAGACGUCAGAUAUUCAAAUUUGACAAAUGCAGAUCGAACCAAUUGAGACAAUUAACCGCCAUGA